AUUUCAUUUUAUUUCAAUUAACUACCCCAACCAACAAGGCAGGAGACUAAAAAUUAUUUAAUUUAUUACGACCUGAGAACGUCAAGAAAAAAGAUGCCUGCUAAAGCUGUGUGUGUUAUCAACGGUGACGCUAAGGGUACUGUGUUCUUCGAACAAGCCGAUGAGAAUUCACCUGUUACUGUAACCGGCGAGGUUACUGGUUUGCCCAAGGGUCUACAUGGUUUCCAUGUUCACGAAUUUGGUGACAAUACCAAUGGCUGCAUUUCUGCCGGCCCACAUUUCAAUCCCAAGGGUAAGGAACAUGGUGCACCUUGCGAUGAGAACCGACAUGUUGGUGAUUUGGGCAAUGUUGAAUCUAGUGGUGAUGGUCCCACCAAGGUUAACAUUACUGACUCUCAAAUCAGUUUGUUUGGUGCCAAUAGCAUUUUGGGUCGCACAGUUGUUGUUCAUGCCGAUCCCGAUGACUUGGGCAAGGGUGGCCAUGAAUUAAGCAAAACAACUGGUAAUGCUGGUGCUCGCGUUGGUUGCGGUGUCAUUGGAAUUGCUAAAAUCUAAAGACAAUAUAUUAUUUGUUAUCUUUGUAUAAUGAUGAUGAAGAUUUCCAUUUGAGGUACAUACGUUUCUGUUGUACUAUUUUUAAGUUCACGUUUUCUACCUUUACUGAAGCAAGCUCUAUAAUUUAAUUAUAUUGCUCUUCUAGAUUCCUUAUUUAACCGAACAUCAUAUAUAAAAUGUAAACAUUCUAUAGCACAGAAUAAUUGCAAUAUGCUCUGAAAUAAAACUAUUGGUGUAAAAAAGGUGAAAUUAAA